AUGGAGGAAAUCUCUAAAUCCAUCUGGAAGACCGUACAAUGGUGCAUGUUUUUCGCCAAUGAUAUAGUAUUAGUCACAGAAACCAAGGAGGAGGCUAAUAGUAACUUAGAAGAGUGGAGCGAAGCCUUGGAGGGUAAGGGGUUGCGCAUAAGCCGUACGAAGACAGAAUAUUUGCGUUGCGAUUUCAGUGGGACAGAAUUGAUAGGGGGAGCCAGAGGUUGGCUUAAGUGGCAAGCAGCAACCAUGGUGCUUUGUGAAAAAAAGUUCCAUAGGCGAUUAAAAGGUAAAUUUCACCGCGUUGCAAUUAGGCCAACUUUGUUGUAUGGGACACAAUGUUCGCCCGUAAAGAAGGUUUUCGAACAGAGGAUGGAAGUAACAGAAAUGCGUAUACUGAGGAGAAGUUAG